AUGGAAAACAGAGUCGAAAAAUUGAGCCUCUUCAACGCCUCCACCACCCUCUUCACCAUUGCCCCAUGGCAUGUGUCGCCGCGAACAAGGUCACCGCCUUCUAGAGCUUCAAUUUCUUCUCCUUUUCUUCCAAAUUGCUCGAAGCUUCAGUACCGUGAUCUCUCUCAAAAUUAUUCCGUUGGGGAAAUUCCGAAGAACAUUGACCAACUCCAAUCACUCCCCCACUUCGAUAUGUCGGCGUACAACUUCAUCGUCGACAUACCUCCAGAGGUCUGGAACUUAACGGAUAUGAGAACUCUGAAUCUCUACAUUAACCUGUAUUUAAUAAUUCAAUUAAUUUUUUGUUUUAACUUAUAA